UGUGCAUUUAAAGGUCGACCAGCCAGGAAGUUGAGGUAGCUAGCCUAGCUAUGUUACCAUCAUAAUGGGAUAGUAUACGAUAACCUGCAUGUUGAAUGAAAGCAUGACUACUUUUAAAGAGUUCUGUCAUUACGCAUAAAAACGUCUGCAUCUAAAUCAGGGCCAGGACAAUUACAGAGCUAAAUCCUGUGGUGUUAUUAGACUGAAUGAUCAUCAAGGACAACAACCACCCGAGCCACUGCCUGUUCACACUGCUAUCAUCCAGAAGGCAAGGUUUGCUGGGGGAAGUAUGCUGUGUCUAGAGAGAAGGAUGCUGGGACUUGUAGGCUUCAUAGGGAGUGACCUCCAUGCUACAUCUGGGAGACUCCUGAGAUGCACCUUGAGGUCUUCAACAGUCCAACAGACUUCUGGCUCCACACACCACCCCCAGAGGGCGUGGCUCUCCUCACAGGCACCCCUCUGUGGACACCAUACCCCUAAACAUAGGACACGGCUGUAUGGCCCUUUUACACACCCGCAACAGACACUGGGGAGUUCCCGUGGCCCCUUCUCCCUACCCCUUUUCACCCAGAGGGUCGCCCUCUCCCAGGGACCCAACACCUCCACAGCCAAGAUCAGGCUGCGAACGCGGCUGGUGGUCACCCUGCUGUUCGGCGGGGGACUGCUUGGCACCUGGUGGUACGUGCGUAACGAGAAGCAGCAAAAUCACAGAAUGCAGCGUAUAGAGCAGUUGAAAAAGGUGGCCCUGGGCCAGGGAGACUUCAGCCUCCUCGACCACAGGGGGCACCGCAGGACCAAGAGAGACUUCCUGGGGAGCUGGGUGCUCCUCUACUUUGGCUUCACCCACUGCCCUGACAUCUGCCCCGAUGAGCUGGAUAAGAUAUCUGCUGUGGUCAGCGCUCUGGACAAGGACCGGUCUCUCCCCGCGGUCCAACCGCUGUUUGUGACGGUCGACCCGGAACGAGACAACGUGGCGGCCCUGGAGAGGUACGUGAAGGACUUCCACCCCCGGCUGAUCGGCCUGACGGGUACCCCAGAGGAGGUGAAGGUGGCGGGGAAGGACUACAGGGUGUACGCCAGCCCUGGACCUAAGGAUGAGGACGGGGACUAUAUAGUGGACCACACCAUCCUCAUCUACCUGGUCAACCCAGAUGGACUGUUCCUGGACUAUUACAACAGGAUGAAGGACGACGUGCAGAUUGCUGAGAGCAUCAGGAACCAUAUGAAGAGCUACGUCAAACUCUGAGUGAAUGACGGUAACCACACCAACAAGACUGUAUCAAAGACCUAUAGUAUGUUACACUUAAACUGAACCCAAUGUCCAGAUAACAAUAAUCCUUCAUCAGAAAUGAGGCCCUGUGAAUUAUUCUCAAACCAGACUGGACCACAACAAUAUGGACGCUUCAUCGAGGCUAUGAUGAUUCUGUGUGUGCAAUAAAUUGCUUUUGUCCGACACCAAUAAUGGUUAGGAUAUGAAAUUGUCUUUAUACUAGUCUUUUGUCAAGGGCACUACAAUCACUGGUAUACAGUCACUAGUAGGUGUUGCAAUAUUGAAAGUGUCUUCAUAUAAUCUUUGUAAAAUCUACAUGCUCGUUUUAUUUUAUAUACAUUUUUGGCCGUUGUAAAAGAAUAUAUAUAAUUUCCUUACAAACUAGUGAAACAAUUUCCCAAUUUAGGUUGUUCGCUUGAAUGAAAGAAAAAAUGAUUACAUUUUUCUUAAGUCCUCUCAUCUGAUAUAUAUAAAAUGUAUGAGUUCUACACCACUUGGACAAACAUGCAAAUAAAAAGCAACGUAUACAAUUGU